AAAAAAAACACAAAAUCAUCACACUUCGACUAUGGCCACACUCAACGGAAGUGGAGCUAACAUGGCCGAGAAUUUAAAACCCUUGGAGGAACCUUCUUCUUCUUCUUGAGAUGGUAAUGAGACUUGCAAUUGUGGAAGAUAGAUCUGGUUUUCAUCUCGAUCCGAGUUUAUGAUCUUCGGAAGUCCAUUAAUGGCAGAUUCGAUUGGUUUCAGUUCCUUGGAAACUCUAUGCUUUGUGUAAAUUAUGGCCCUGAGGCUACUUUAUUGGUGGAUCUGAACAGUUUAUACUGCUAUUGAUACUGGUUGCAGACAAGCUCCUGAUUGGUUCAUAACUCUGUUUGAUUCAGUUAAGUUACGUGUUCGAUAGCCGGUAGAAUGUUUGUUAAUUAGCUUCUGCUACUCGUCGGAUGGAGAUUUGAGGCUCUUCAACGGAAUAAUCGGCACCGACGGUCUCGGUCAGGUUUUGGAUUUUUCGAUGGAUUUGUUCUCUGUGGAAGGCUAGCAGCUGAAUUAAAGUGUUUUUUAUCUAAAAAUUUUCAUUUUUGUUUUAAAAAUUUUAAUUUUGGAUCUUUGCAGUUUACAGUUCGAUUAUGGAAACAACUGUCUUGUACUCUUGUUCCAUUGACUGCUACUGAGCCAUGUGGUUACCCUGAUGAAUUUGAAGGUUUUUGUCGGUUUGAAGAUUGUUACAGCUUUUUGUUCUUUCCUUUCAUUAACUGUCUUGUGCUCACUGUUUAAAUAAUUGUUUUGGUAGGAUGCUGUCUGUUACAUGAUUCCAUUUUUUUUCUACUAUAAGCUUGCUUCCCUUUUUCAAAUCCAGAACUUCCACUUUCUUUACUUUCAAUUUUUCUUUUCGGAAUUCCUCUUUCUUGCACGGCCUAUCUAUCUCCCAUUUGGAGGAAGGUUUAAGUCAUGGAGAACCGAAACCUUUACAGAGUGAUGAGUUUUGGGGUAUCAGAUGUGGCUUUAGAACUGGUUAUGGCACAUAUCCAGGAUCCUCGUGACCGUGAUGCUGUGUCUCUGGUUUGCCAUAAAUGGUAUCAGAUCGAUGCGUCGACACGGAAGCAUAUUACUAUAGCUCAUUGUUACACAACAAGCCCAGAGCGUCUCAGACAAAGGUUUCAGCAUCUCGAGUCUCUCAUACUGAAGGGAAAACCCAGGGGUGCAAUGUUUAAUCUUAUACCUGAAGAUUGGGGAGGAUAUGCUGGUCCGUGGAUCAGGGAAAUUGCUCAGAGUUUUAAUUGCUUGAAGUCACUUCAUUUCCGGCGUAUGAUUGUUAAGGAUGCGGAUCUGGAGCUUCUUGCUCGAGCUCGUGGUCACAUGCUCCAGGUUCUCAAACUUGAUAAGUGUUCUGGAUUUUCAACAGAUGGCCUUUGGCAUGUUGCGCGCAAUUGCAGAUGCCUAAGAAUACUGUUUUUGGAGGAGAGCUGUAUAGAGGAGAGAGAUGGUCAAUGGCUUCACGAGCUUGCUAUAAACAACACAGUUCUCGAGACUUUAAACUUCUAUAUUACAGAUCUUAGUGAAAUCAGCAUCAUGGACCUUGACUUAAUUGCUAGAAACUGCCGCUCCUUGGUCUCUAUAAAAAUCAGUGAUUGUGAGAUCUUGGAUCUAGUUGGUUUUUUGCGUGCUGCAACCGCAUUAGAGGAGUUUGGUGGGGGUUCCUUCAAUAAGCAAUCAGAAGACUACUGUGUCAUCUCAUUCCCUCCAAGAUUAUGUCGCCUAGGUCUAAGCUACAUGGGUAGGAAUGAGAUGACCAUAAUAUUCCCAUUUGCAUCCCAACUCAAGAAGCUGGAUCUCCUGUAUGUCAUGCUUGAUACAGAGGACCAUUGUCAGUUGAUUCAACGAUGCCACAAUUUAGAAAUUCUCGAGGCAAGAAAUGUCAUUGGAGACAGAGGGUUAGAAGUUCUUGCUCAGAGCUGCAAAAAUUUAAAGAGGCUUAGAAUUGAGCGAGGUGAAGAUGAACCAGGAAUGGAGGAUGAACAAGGUCAAGUUUCCCACAGAGGAUUAUCUGCCUUAGCACAAGGCUGCAUUGAACUUGAAUACUUGGCUGUUUAUGUGUCUGAUAUAACCAAUGCUUCAUUGGAAUCAAUGGGCACAUACUGCAAAAACCUCUCAGAUUUCCGUUUAGUGUUGCUCGAUCAUGUAGAAAGGAUCACAGAUUUGCCACUUGACAAUGGUGUCCGAGCCUUGUUGAGAGGUUGUGAGAAGCUUAGGAGGUUUGCCCUCUAUCUACGAGCUGGAGGCUUAACCAAUGUAGGUCUUGGUUAUAUAGGGCAGUACAGCCAGAAUGUGAGGUGGAUGCUUCUGGGUGCUGUGGGAGAGUCUGAUAUUGGGCUUUUGGAGCUUUCGAGAGGCUGCCCUAAUCUGAAGAAACUUGAAAUGAGGAGUUGUUGCUUCAGUGAACGUGCACUUGCUCUUGCUGUAAUGCAGCUGACCUCACUGAGAUACUUGUGGGUGCAAGGAUAUGUUGCAUCUGCAACAGGUAGUGACCUUUUAGCCAUGGUUCGCCCCUUCUGGAACAUUGAACUAAUUCCUCCAAGACGUUUUGUUUCUAGUGAUGAACAGGGGACUGAAACAGUCACUGAGCAUCCAGCCCAAAUUCUUGCUUACUACUCCCUUGCUGGGCCAAGAAAUGACUAUCCACCAGAAACUGUCAUCCCACUGGAGCCAUUACCAUGAUAAAUUCAUGAAACUGUACGUAUCUUCUCCAGAUUGUCUCUUGCACCAAUCCGCAGGGACUUUAAGGCACCCUGUCCAUAGAUCAUCCUUGUUUUUUGUUUUCUAGCCUUUCGAUCAAGGCCAUCUAUCCUGUGAUAAGUUUUCGCUAUAUCAUACUCUGGAGGAGCUGGCCACCAAGUGACAUACUAUCCAAAAUUCUUGCCCCUACAUGCUGCUACUCUCAGACGUCCCUCUUUGCCUGUGUUGGUUGAUUUGAUAUGAUCUUUUUCAAUUAAACUAAUUAGUGGGACUUUCAAAUUGAUCUGAGAAGAUUACAGGGAUUGCAUCCAAUUCGCUCUUGUAGCUUUUGGAGUGCCUUCGGCAAGAGAAAGAGACCACGGCCAGUAGAUGACAAUGACAGAGCUUUGUAUUAGCUUGCUUGGGGCUAAGAUCAUGAAACAGAAGCGUCAAUAUGGCUGGACCAUUUCUUGGAUUAUUGUGGGUAACGACUGGAGCAGGACUGAGUCAAUGUUUAUAGGGAGGUUUUCUCUUGGUGGCAUUGACUGAAAGAAUGUACAUUUUCUGUUUAAAUUAGAAUGGUAUUCCAAUCUUCAAUGGUGAAUGAAGAAAAUCGAAUAUCAUAAUGAGUGGACUGUCGAAAUAUUCUCUUGUUAGAUACUCUCCUUUUUAGUUUGGCUAGGGGGUGCUGUUGGAUGGAGGAAAAUUCAUUCUUAAUGUCUAAAUCCCAGGUUUGGGAAAACAAUAUAUGAAUAGAGUGAUUUUAAACCGUGUCUUUGUAUA